UUACAAAAAAAACUUGGGUUCACAUUGUGUGAUAUGCAAAUAACAGUUAUUUAAAGCAGAGCAUUGCAAUUUCAUUUCGCGUCAGAAAUUUACUUGUUUAAUUAAUUUUCCACCGAAAAAUGGCACCAAAGAAACAAAAGCCCAGUGGUUUUAUGUAUUUCACAAUCGAGUGGCGAAAUAAAUAUGGCAAGGGGCUGUCGAUUUCUGAAGCUACCGAAGAAGCGGGAAAAGUAUGGAAGACAAUGGACGCCGCAGAACGGAGUCCAUAUAACGAAAAAGCCAAGAAGGAAACUUCAUUCGACGGCAGUAUUGGCCCUGAAAAAUUAACUUGUACUGGUGUACCUAUUUCCCUGGUGGAAAAAGAACGUGCCGAUCAAGAGAAGAAAGAGCGUCAGAUGAAACGUGAUAUUGAAGAAACGGUGCGAAAGAGUGCCAGCCAUGGACAAUUGGAAACACAAACUUAUAAUUUUAUAAUGGUGAAUUAUUUUACAAAGACACUAAAAGAUGGUAUAUAUGUACCAGCGGAAAUAGCAGUGGCUAAAUUUUCCCUAAAGGGCGGUGUACAGCAAGUCUAUCAAACGCUCAUUAAUCCUGGUGUAAAUAUUUACGGGCAUCAAUAUGAAGCUCAACACUUGUCGGAUACAACGCAUAAAUUGCCACUCCCCCCAAAUGCAUUGGGCGAAACAAAAUUAGGCAUGAUUUAUAAUGAUAUUUUAAAUUUUGUGCGUGAUAGCAAGAGCGGGAAUUAUCCACCAGUCUAUACUCAUCGUGAUAGCAUACAUAUUGUCGAGUCUGUGUUACAAUUCUUAAAAGCUGAUGUUGAGGCGAAUAAUGUUGGACUUAAUGUGUAUUCCAUACAACAUUUAUUGUUUGUCAUGAAGGAAGCCACCUGCGAGGCUGGUGAGCUGGAAAAACCAAAAACUUUUUACAUUACUGAUGCAUAUUUUGAUCGGGACUUCUUUGAAUAUCAAUGUGGUAUUGGAUGUCAGUAUCACGAGGAAAUUGAUACUUGUAAAUAUUGUACCCAAUCAUAUGUAACCCGUUGGGGUUAUAUGUUUGCCGAUUAUAUGUGCAGUGAUAUUGCUAUACCACUUGUGCCCGGACUCCACUGUCCAGCCAAUACGAAUGUCAACGAAAUUGUUACUCCGGCACCGAGUUUCUAUUCCGACACUGAAUCCUUCAUAUCUAUUGGUACGACAGCAACUAAUUUUACCAAACCCGUGGCUGGUUCCAAGCUAUACUAUGAUGAUGAUGACCAAAAAACCUUGGUAUCUGAAGCAAGUAAAACGUAUACUGUGAAUUUUCCUGCAUUGGCAGGUGGACUUCGGAAAAACAAUUUAUCAAGUCAUGCCAAGAAUAUAACACGCACCCUUAAAAGUAGCUUUGAAGAUACAGAGUAUGAAGACUGUGCCGAUUUAAAUCCUUGGACAUUACGUUCACGUAAUAUUCCACGUCAGCCAGCUAAAUCUCAUUUCGAUAUUAACUAUACAAAUGAUGAUUUGACAUCGGAUACUGAUGACUAUAGUUCUGUGGCAAGUUUUGGACGCGGUCGUUUAUUACUUAGUGAUGCAUCUUUUAAUACCAUAAGUGGUAGCAGUUAUGGUCGUGGACGUUUUCUAAAGCCUUAGAUAAGUUCGUAGAAAAAUUGUCUACGAAUAUUUAAGAAGCCAGUAAAUUUUUGUUCUCAAUAGAUUUCUUCCCAUGAAUUAUUUUGAUUUUUCGUUUUACAUAGUCUAGUAGUUGAUCAUGAAAUAUGUAUAUGAAAAAAUUUCAGUUUCUUAUUCAACACAUGCACAUUAGCAAUUACCAACUUUAAGAUGGUAUCGUAUUUUGGCAAACAGAAUAUUCGAUUUUUAGUAUUUUAGUCUACCUUAAAUAUGUAUAAAACCCAAUACUAAGUUUUAUUAUCGCAAUGAAUUAAAAACAAAGUAUUUAGUUCUUAAAUUAGAAAUAAAUAACUGAAAAUGAGAAAUCAA